AUGCAAUUUGAGAUUCUUUUGCCGCGUUUGUCUGAAUCCAUAUUAGCUAGGAAGCCUGCUUCUUCCAUGCAAUCGCUCGCCCGCAUCGCCCGCACCUCUGCACACCUCACCUCGGCUGCCCCGCGCAUCGCUUCGUUAUCCCGACACCUGUCCACCACCUCGCCUGUCAUGGCGCCCACGGUGAAAGAGACCGACUACCUCGUCCUCGGCGGCGGGAGCGGCGGCCUGGGCUCGGCCCGCAUGGCCAGCUCCAAGUUUGGCGUUAAGGCCAUGGUCAUUGAGAACAAGCGUCUCGGCGGUACCUGUGUCAACGUUGGGUGUGUCCCCAAAAAGGUCACUUUCAACGCCGCCGCCAUUGCCGAGACCAUCCACGACGCCAAGGCCUACGGCUUCUCCGUCCAGCAGUCGGCCCCCUUUGACUGGCCCACCUUCAAGAACAAGCGCGACGCCUACAUCAAGCGUCUCAACGGCAUCUACGAGCGCAAUCUCGGCAACGACAAGGUCGAGUACCUCCACGGCAGCGGCCGCCUCGUCUCCAAGAACCAGGUCGAGGUCACCCUCGACGACGGCUCCAAGGUCCUCGUCAACGCCAAGAAGAUCCUCGUCGCCGUCGGCGGCCGCCCGAGCGCGCCCCCCUCCAUCCCGGGCGCCGAGCUCGGCAUCAACUCGGACGGCUUCUUCGACAUUGCGACGCAGCCGAAAAAGGUCGCCAUCGUCGGCGCCGGCUACAUUGCGGUCGAGUUUGCUGGCAUGUUCAACGCUCUCGGCACCGAGACCCAUCUCUUUAUACGCCGCAAUACCUUUCUCCGCAACUUUGACCCCAUGAUUCAGGAAUCCGUCACCAAGGAGUACGAGCGUCUUGGCGUCCACCUGCACAAGCAGAGCCAGGCGACAAAGGUGGAAAAGGACGCUAACGGCAAGCUGUCCGUCACCUACAAGGACGGUUCGGGCAAGGAAACGACCCUCAGCGACGUCGACCACCUGAUAUGGGCUGUGGGCCGCACGCCCGAGACGCGCGGCAUUGGUCUAGAGGAGGCCGGUGUCAAGAUCAACGACAAGGGCUACGUCGAGGUGGACGAGUACCAGAACAGCAGCACCGAGAACAUUUACGCCCUCGGCGACGCCACGGGCAAGGUCGAGCUGACGCCCGUGGCCAUUGCCGCUGGGCGCCGCCUCGCGCACCGCCUGUUUGGCGGCGCGCAAUUCUCCACGGCCAAGCUCGACUACGUCAACGUACCCUCGGUCGUGUUCGCCCACCCCGAGGUCGGCAGCAUCGGCCUCACCGAGCCCCAGGCCGUGGAAAAGUACGGCCAGGACAAUAUCAAGGUCUACAAGACGAGCUUCACGGCCAUGUACUACGCCAUGAUGGAGCAGGAGGACAAGGGCCCGACCAGCUACAAGCUCAUCACCACCGGGCCCGAGGAAAAGGUCGUUGGCCUGCACAUUAUGGGCCUCGGCAGCGGCGAGAUGCUGCAGGGCUUUGGCGUCGCCAUCAAGAUGGGCGCCACAAAGGCCGACUUUGACAGCUGUGUCGCCAUUCAUCCCACGAGCGCCGAGGAGCUGGUCACUCUGAAAUAA